AUGCCAUCAGCCAGCUCGCCAGUAUACGCUUUCGAGCCGCUCGAACCGGUCUCAUCCGCAGAGGCCGGUUCCUCCACCAGCCACUUUCGAGCAUUCACUCGUCAACCACGCACAGUCGAAGAGGUACCGGACUCGGACGCAGAGGACGUGUCCUCCGAUGACGAAGACGAGAAUCAGGAUCCUCGACUCAGAAAGGCAUCACCGUCUACAUCCAAGCAGAUGCUCGAGCAAGAAGAGUUCCGCAUCGGCGAUGUCGUCUACUUGCCGUCUUCCUACCAGGCUCCUCUCGCUGGCGUCCUGACCCAUCUCUGGACAGAUGCAACCGAGGAGGGCAAGAUCUUCGGCGUUUGCCGUCUCCUGCAUUGGCCAGAAUGGAUGUCGACCAUGGCAAAGAAGCGCAUGGCAGGCAUCACCAGUCGACACGAGAUCUAUUACACCCAUAAAGCCACAUCGCUCACCAAACGCAGAACAAAGACCAGCACAAGAUCAGGCAAGGAAGGUGACGCUUUCGAGGCCGGACCCUCACUACACGACUACUCCUUCGAUGUUGAUGAGAUCAUUUCAAAGGUUCACAUCCAUUCGAGUCAGCCAGAAUGCUCCAAGGCGAUCAAGGAGUCCUCUGCGCUGUCAGCCGCACAGACAAACCUCCCAGUCGACAGUCCAUCGAGCGGCAAAAAGAAGCCAGCAAAGACGCACACACUCUACAAGAACAAGUCGUUCCCAACGCAUCUCUUCUGCGAGCGUGCAGUGGACCCGAACAGAGAGCUGUUCUGGAGGAUCGAUUGGUCCAGACUCAUCGAGAAGGGAAAGCAAGGGGCAGGCUGGGAUUUGAAGGAUGAUUCUUCGGACGUGGCCACUUCGCAAGGCCAAGGCGUCAAAGACCUCGUCGAGCAAGCGCAGAGGGAUGCUCAUGUGGCGUCAGGCGGCACCCUGACCCCCGCUGCCACGCCUCGUAGAGCCGUGCGAGCUUCGACACCGUCCUCUGUCGCGUCCACCUCCAAUAUGACACGCUCUCGCCGCGCAGACACCCCCUCCUCGGUCGCCGACAUCAACGACUCUGCACCGAAACGACGACCGGGACGGCCACGCAAGGAAGACUCGCUCUCGGCCGGCGUUGAAGCGCCCAAACGCAAGUACAACCGCAAGAAGGCCAAUGGCGGCUUCUCGUCCGACUCUGAUCUCGCCUCCGACGACUCCUUCCAGAGCGGAGACGAGUUCGAGGUCGAAGACAACCUUCUCGUCAAAGCGAGGCACCUUGACACGCCCGAGUCGUCCGACAACGAAGGCUCGCAGUUCAGCGCCCCUCCCAGCGACCCCGAGAACGAUGACGACGACGACGACUUCGGUAAGACGUUCAACCUAACGCCUCGCAAGCGGGCCAAGUUCGCCAAGGACGCACCACCAAUGACGCCAACCAAACGACGCGUGCUGUCGACGCCGCAGAAAAUGGCGUUCGGGCUAGCGAGUCCUGCCAAGGCGCAGGCGACGCCUCGAUCCAAAGCGCGACUCAUGGGGCUCAAGAUGCGCAAUCUUCCGCAUCCCGCUCUACCCGCACGACCACCGAAACUCUCGCUUCUGCCCGACGAAGAGAAGCUGAGCGCACACGACCGCGCCAAGCGUCUGCUGCACGUAGGCGCCACACCCGACCACCUCCCGUGCCGCGAGGACCAGUACGAGGAGAUCAUGGCCUGCGUCGAAGACGCUGUCGAGGAAGGCAUCGGUGGGUGCGUCUACGUCUCUGGCGUGCCUGGCACGGGAAAGACUGCGACGGUGCGCGAGGUGAUUCGCGCGCUGACGGCGAGGGCGGAGCGCAACGAGAUGAACCCGUUCUCAUUUGUCGAGAUCAAUGGUAUGAAGUUGGCGGAUGCUUCUCAGGCGUAUACUUUGUUGUGGAGUGCGAUUUCGGGUGGACAAAGGACGUCGCCUAAGACGGCGUUGGGGUUGCUAAGCUCGCACUUUGCGAGGGUGGGGGCCAAGAUGAGCGGUGCGGCGGGCGGUGCGGGUGUGGGCGCGGGACCAGGGAGAGCAGCAACGGUGGUGCUGAUGGACGAACUGGAUCAGCUCGUGACGGCGAGACAGGAUGUCAUGUACAACAUGUUCAACUGGCCCAACACGCGCGGGUCGCGACUCGUGGUCAUCGCGGUGGCCAACACGAUGGAUUUGCCAGAACGAACGCUCAAUGCUAAAGUGGCAAGUCGUCUCGGAAUGACGCGCAUCACCUUCAUGCCGUACACCGACAAGCAGCUGGUGGAAAUCGUCAAGUCUCGGCUUGGCAUCACCCCUGACACCACCGAUCCUGCCGCGGCGACAGACGACGCAAGUGGGUGCAGCAAAGUCCUCAGCCUCGACGCGAUCACGUACGUCUCCAAGCGCGUAUCCAACGUCUCCGGCGACGCACGACGCAUGCUCGAUGUCUGUCGCCGUUCGAUCGAACUCGUGGAGCUCAAAGCGCGCACUGCCGCCCUGUCCACCCCCAAACCGGUGACGAUCCUCGACAUGAAAUCCGUGCUCGACUCGAUGGUGAAAUCGGGCAAGGUGUCGCACAUCCUCUCCUUGCCGUUGCACGCCAAAGUGCUGCUGCUCAGCCUUCUCUCGUGUCUCCGUCGCAGCGGACUAGCCGAAGCGGAGGUGCAAGACAUCUCGGCUCACCACCACGCCAUUUGUAGGAUGUACGGCAUUACGACCACAACGAGCUUCAACCCGCAGCCGGCGCAGGAGGAGACGUGCCUCAAUGGCCCCUUGGCUACACUGUCGUCGUUGGGACUCAUCAUCUGUGUGGGACAGGGAGCGGGGACGGGUCGCGCGGCUGGAUUCGCGAGAUUGAUGCUCGCCUGCCAGGAGGACGAGGUGCGGUUGGCGUUCGAACACGAUCCCGACGAACGGCUGAGGAAGAUGCUCUGA